AUGCCAGAGCACUCACCAGAUUGCAAGACUCUCACCAGACCAGAACGAUACGUCACUCCCGCACCACUCAUCAACCCAACCGCACCCAUCCGAACAACCGGCUUCUCAAACUCUUUUCCACCUCAGCAAUCAAACCAUCCUCCCUGGUACUCCCCAUGGUCACUCUACGUCAGGCUCAUCACCCUGCCCAUCCCCUCCUUCUUCCUCAGCGCAAUCGGAAUACACCAAUCAAACGCACAGCAGGCCUGGAGGGAGAAGGUCGCACUCUGCUCCAUCGCCCUCCUCGCCGCACUCUUCACCGGAUUCGUCACCGUCGGAAUGAACCGUGCUCUCUGUCCGCUCACCCAGAAGGACUCCCCCGGCUCGAUGAUCCCCUUCGACUCCCAUCUCCCCAUCCUAGGCAUCAGAGGCUGGGCCUUCAACGUCUCCAAAUCCAAUAACCCCCCCGGAAGCCCAAUCAACUUCCAAUCCAUCUCUCAAGCACACUCCGGCCUAGACAUCUCAACCCUCUUCGAUCAGUCUCAUCUACCACCUAGCCCUUCCUGCCAAGCACCUGAACUACUAGGCCCAUUUGCUCACUCUAACCUCUGCUACGACCCUCUCUCAAAAUCCCCAGCCUAUUCCCAGCUCAUCAAUGCCAGCGUCCCAGUCGGCUAUACCUGGGACCAUGUCGCCAAUCUCGAUGGAUAUAUGGUCAUCAACGGCAUCGUCCUCAACCUGCAACCCUAUCUAGCCUCCAACCCACAUCCGAUCGAACAAGAUCCAGUCGACCAGGCCAUCCGGCACAUGCUCCAAGCCAAUCUCACCUCGAUGGGCAAGGAUGCCACCCGACUGUUCUCGUACAGUAACGACUUACAUCGGGCCAUACCCUGUCUGAUCUCCCGUUUCAGGGCCGGCUCAAUCGACAAGAUCACCCCCGGAUGCUUCGUCUCCCAGCUCUUCCUCUACGUCUCUCUCAUCGUCAUCCUCGGCGUCGUCCUCGUCCGCUUCCUCAUGGCCAUCUUCUUCAGCUGGUUCCUCAGCGACCGACUCAUCAGACCCCCUCGCAACCUCAGGCGCAAAGUCAUCAGUCCUGCCGUCCUCCCCGAAGGCGCUAACCUCAGCAUCACCAACAAGAACGGCGCAGCUCCCUGGGCUAAUCAUCUCAAUAACAACAACAACUCCCCACAAAACUCGCCCACUCGCCCCUCGAAUCUCAAACUAUUCGGAGCUGCAAUCUCAGAGAAAUCUAGUCUCCUAGAUCCCAACUCAGCCCAACGCAAUCGCAAACAACAACAACAACAACAACAAAAGGCAGCAUUAGAUUCACAAGGAUUGAUCAACAUGGCCGCCAUUGGUGCCGAACUAUUUUGUGUCUGUCUGGUGACCUGUUAUUCGGAAGGAGCCGAAGGGAUCAAGAAGACCCUCGACAGUAUCUCAGCAGCCGACUAUUCGGAUGCACGCAAACUGCUCUUUGUCGUCUGUGAUGGGAUGAUCACCGGGCACGGAGAGAAAAUCUCGACGCCUGAUGUCUGUGUCGGCUUCUUGGACGCCGACCCUCUCUUCGGUGAUCCCAUGCCCAUGAGUUACAGGGCCGUUGCUGCCGGCGCUAAGGAACAUAAUCAAGCCAUGGUCUAUGCCGGUCAUUAUACUCAAGUUGAAGGUAGACGGACACCAAUGAUAGUGAUCGUUAAAUGUGGAACAGCAGAAGAAGGAAAGAUAGAGAAGAAGCCAGGCAACCGAGGAAAACGAGAUUCGCAGAUGAUCCUGAUGAAUUUUUUCUCGAGGGUGACCUAUAACGACCGAAUGUCGCCGUUAGACUACGAUUUGUUUAGGAAGAUCCAAGUUCUGAUGGGAGUGACGCCGGAUUUUUUCGAGGUUUGUUUGAUGGUGGAUGCGGAUACGACGGUGAUGAAAGAUUCGAUUGGCCAUCUAGUGAAUUGCAUGCAACAUGACCCGUUGAUCAUGGGAGUAUGUGGGGAGACACGGAUCACGAACAAGCGACAAUCCUGGGUGACGGCGAUCCAAGUGUUUGAGUACUACAUCUCGCACCAUCUCGCGAAGGCGUUCGAGUCGGUAUUUGGCGGGGUGACCUGUUUGCCGGGCUGUUUCUCGAUGUAUCGGCUCAAGGCGCGACGGAUGAACGACGGGGAUUGGGUGCCCAUCCUUGCCCAGCCCGAGAUCUGUCGCGAAUACUCCCAGUCUAUCGUCACCACUCUUCAUCAGAAAAACUUGCUCCUCCUAGGAGAGGACCGCUUCCUGACUACCCUCAUGAUCCGUACCUUCCCCGCCCGAAAGAUGAUGUUCUGUCCUCAGGCUAAAUGUCGCACCCUCGUCCCAGACGAAUUCGCCGUCCUGGUCUCCCAACGCAGACGCUGGAUUAACUCGACCAUCCAUAACUUGAUGGAACUAGUCAGAGUACCUAAUCUCUGUGGAACCUUCUGUUUCUCGAUGCAAUUCGUCGUCUUUAUGGAGCUCAUGGGCACCAUCGUCUUGCCCAUCGCCAUCACCCUCACUUACUCGCUCAUCAUCAACUCCAUCCUCCAUCCGCCUAAAAACUUCUCCGACGCUAUCCCGCUCAUCCUCCUCGCCGCGAUCCUCGGCUUGCCCGCUAUCCUCAUCCUGGCUACCUCGAGAAAGGUCUCUUAUGUGUUUUGGAUGCUCAUCUAUCUGAUCGCUCUUCCUGUCUGGAACUUCGUCCUGCCUCUCUAUGCUUUCUGGCAUUUUGAUGAUUUCUCGUGGGGUGAGACGAGAAAGAUUCAAGGCGAGGCGAAAAGUCAAGGCCAUGAUGAGGGAUCCAAGACGACGUUCGAUGCGAAUACGAUCCCACAUCGAAGAUGGGAAGAUUGGGAAAGGUCACGGUUGAAGAAGAUGAAGCGAGAGGAACGACGACGACGAGAGUUUGAGCGAACGUUUGGGACCCAACAGUACCAUCUGUCGACGAUUGGCGGGAGCGAGUAUGGGGGGGACACGGUGUCGAUGGUGUCCUCGGAAGAUGACCGGUGGGGUCUGGCGAUUGGGAACUACGAUUCGACGGAGGUUGCCCGGCCCCCGGUGGGCUUGUAUCCGGUCGACGACAUCCUCUCGAGCGUCGAUGGCUCGACGGCCUCGACGCUCAAUGGCGACGAGCUCGGCGCGAUCCUCGAUCAGGGCUGGAACGACGAUCUCCCCUUCGUCGAACCCAAGUUCCCCUCCCCUUCCAAACAGACCUUGGUCCCCCCACCCUCCUCAUCUCGUCUCUCUCCCGUCGCCGGCGGAUUCAUCUCCGACCAUCAUCAUCAUCAUCAUCAUCCGUACCUUCAUCAUCAUCAACAACAACAUCAUCAACCUAAUGCUUCUGCUACUUUUAAUCAUCCCCAUUUCAACCAUCCGCCCUCUAAUCCUUACUCCUCUCAACAACUGCCCACCUCUUCUUCCUCCUCCUCCUCCACCUUCCUCAUCCGCGACUCCCCGAAUCCUAACUCGAAUCCGAACCCCAUCAUCGGCUCGUCGAGAUCCACUUCUCCCGUCAAUGCGUUCGACCCUAAGCCCCCUCAACGCUAUCGACUCGAAGAACUCCUGACUUCCCUUCUCCCGAAACCCCUUUCCCUCUCCUCCCUCAAUUUUUGCUCUUCCAGUCUUCUUCCCCCCCCCCCCCUUUCCUUUUUUUUAGGAAUUACUUGCUCGCUUUUACUUGCCCUUUUUUUCGUCCUUUUGUUUCCUCCUCUCUCUCUCUCUCUCUCUCUCUUCUAAAACGAUAACAAUUCCUGGACAUUGUUGUGGAUCUGUUUUUUUUUUUUUUUUUUUUUUUUUUUUUCUGGGGCCUGUUCUUGUUUAUUUCUGUCAGGUUUUUGGGGGCUCGUCCCAUGGGUUGUUGAGUUUUUUGUUUAGGAUUCAACUGCCCUCUCUCAACGUGUGGAGUGUUUUGUUUUGUUUGGGUUGGUGGGAAGUUGUGCUGCUUAUAUAUAUACAUAUCUACACGCUGUGAUAUAUAUACAUACAUAUAUAUAUAUCUAAAUUAAUCAAUGCUCCUUAUAUCAAUUUCAUUUCCGUUUUUUUGUGUGUGUUUCCGCUUUCACAAUCAAUCCUAUCUGUGCGUAAACGUUGUUAUCCUUCAUUGUGUGUGUGUUUUUUUUUUGGUUCUGUUGUUGUUAUCAUUCCUCCUCCAUCAUCACUGUCCAAGACCAUUCAUCCUUUCUGUCUUCCAGCCACUGCUGCGCUUGCUGAUCCACCCAGCCCAAUGAUCACUCUCUCUUCCUCUCUCUCUUCCUCUUUUUUUUUGUACGUUUUUUGGUUAUAAUACACAGACACACUCUCUUUCUCUCUUUCUCUCUUUCUCUCUUUCUCUCUUUCUCUCUUUCUCUCUUUCUCUCUUUCUCUC